AUGGCAUCAGAUUCUGAAAUGAACAAUGCCUCUGAUCGAACUGGAGUUGGUGAUAUCGACUCUUUGGCAUCUACCGCAGCAAGUGAAGAGGAAACUGAGUACCUCGUGAAUGACAUCCAUGCGGAACGGAGGUUCUUCGUGGAACCGGAUUCUGAGGAUGAUGAGGGCGUGUUUAUCACUCAGUAUUUGGUCGAGUGGGCUGGGUACAGCAUAGACAGGUGCAGUUGGGAGCCGAAGGAAAUGUUUACUUCGGAAGAGACCUUAGAUGGCUGGGAAGAAAAAAAAAAGCAGAUCGCGGAGGGCAGAGUGACUCCCUUCGAUCUCAAGUCAUGGGAGAAGCAUACGGCUUUGCUGGAGAAGAAGACAAAAAAGCGAAAAGAAGAGCGAAGGCGCAAACGAGAUCAAAGGGCACGGCAGAAAAGCCUCCCCCAGGCUGGCUCGUCUCGAGUGGCCAAUCCCGAUAUUGUAGAUGCACAUAAGCCCGAAGCAGGUAUUGCACCACACCGAGCUCACAGUCACCUCUCCGUCGAUUCCACCGCUUCGACCUUGUUUGUUCCAGCUGAAAGCCCACCCACACCAAAAAAGGCGACGUCUCGCCAAUCGCAGCAACAAAUGGCACCUCCGAGAUCAGCCACGCCCAGUGCGCAAACAACUCAGAACGAUCCUCCAGGAUCAGCAACCUUAAUUGUACACACGCAAACAACCCCAAGCCAGCCUCCAAAGUCGCGACUGGCUCAGCUCGCAAAGAAGACCACUGCCAAGCAGCACGGCCUUGUGCGCCAGAAGAGCCCCCCACAAGCACCAAAGCCAAUAUUGUCUUCUUUUGGUACGGGCCCGGGGGCCAAGCGCGCAUACCGUGAUAGGAAAUGGGGCGAACGAGCACCGGAUUUGUCACAGAUGGAGCUGAUGAAGCCUUCUGAAUUUGCGCCGAGGACGAACAUAGGGUCCACCACCCCAGUCGUGGGCCCAUCUGUAACAAGUCCAAAAUCUCCGCAAGCCCAAAAUCAACCAGCUUCUGAGAAUCUUGUCAGCCUGCCCGAUCGACUAAAGCCACAUACUGGUCAAAUAAGCGAUAAAGCUGCAGAGCAGCCAAAGAAACCUGCUAUUAUCGCAUUUCCAUCAGUCAUGGCUCCUCCGGUGCCUCGCUGUUCGAACUUAGGCUCCACUACGUUGGCUUCCUUGUCGGCUGGGUUGCCCGCCCCCACUGCACCGUCGAAUCUAGAGAGACCUGUUGGCCCUGUAGAUUCCAUUAGCUCUAUUUCCUCGCCAGCUACCCAACCCAAGCCCGUUCCACAGGCCAAUCUCAUCCAGCCUGCCAAUUCUGCCAAUUCAAUUGUCUCUACCGUUUCGUUGCCAGGUGAGGCUCCUUUGACGAAUCCUGCUGGGCGGUCGACCUCUGCCCUUACUGCGCCCUCACUAGCUCCUCAUCCCAAUCCCCUGUCACAGGUCAAUAUCGACAGGCCUACCGGUCCUUUGGCGUCUACUAGAUCAAUCUUCCCUUCAGUCGUGCCUUCGAGGCCCCGUGCGGAGGCUACUUCAAUGAAAUCUGCUAGACUCUCGGGUUCUAACCUUACUGAUCUCUCGCCAGCCAUUCCGACCAAGCCCCGUGCAAUGGCCAAUCUCGAAAGGUCUACUAAGAAUUGGGACUUGCAGGAGAGCCGCGAGACAGUUCGACGCUGGGACAGCUAUAGACCAGACCAGACCUAUAGACCAGAUUCAUCUAGACAGGCUAACAACAUAAUCAUGGCCGAUACCUACCGACCGUCAGAGUUCUCUCGUCGGCAAUCACCCUCCCGUCGGUCACGGUCACGGUCACGGUCACCACUCUAUCGACGGUCUCCACCCUCUCGUCGGUCACGGUCCCCCGGUCGAGUACCAAUAUCUUCUUCCCGUGGUACGAGUGAUGGCUACGCGCGUCGUAGCCCAUCCCCGAAUUAUUCUCAGCUUGCGUCAAGAUCUUCAAACUCAAUUGGGUUGAAUGAAAACGUAUUAGCCCAAGCCGAAGCACUUGCUAUCACCGAAUCCAGAGCUGGACCAUCUGGUCAACCUAGUACUUCCAUCGCGACCCAAAUGCCGGUGCGUAAGGUGCGGCCACCUAUUCGCAUCAAGAUUGGCCAAUACUGGUGCUUUAAGGGAGAAGCUCUUAUCCACGUGUUUGUCGGGCCCAACAAGAGAUCCCUUGGUGCUUUCAGAUUGUGCGGCAUCCGUUUGCCGGUCCAGCAAUCUUUGAUUCUCGCUAAAAAUCCGAGCACACACCAAGUUGAGGUUUGGUUUAAGCACCUGUGCACAGUCAGAGACUACGAAAGAUUGUGCGAAGCUAGUGAGAUGAAUUCUGUGCUGAGUACUGGCUGGAUCGAGGGCUUCAGCGACACCAGCAGAAAUCUGUUUGAUCUAGCAGAAGAUCUGCGCAAAGACGACCUCAUCGCCAUUCACUAUCCUAUGGGGAAAAGAAACAGUGCGGGAAUUGUCUGGGUUGCUUGGUCACGCGGGUCACAGCAAUUUAAGUUUCCACACCCUAAUGAUGAAGUGCCACCCGACGUUCCUCUGCUCAUUGCCGCUCGUACUAUGCUCGCACCGAUAGGAGUCCUAGGAGCAAUUGGAUCUAGCCAACGCAGUAAGCAACCCAGUGGGCUUUUGCCAUAUACAUCGCUUUCACUGCGGGUCGAGCCUAGUGCAGAUGAUGGCCUAGAGUCUGGCAGCCUCAGACAGUCAAACUUCCAUGGCAUGGGAAUGAGUGGAUCCUUGCAAUCGCGAAAGAUGCCAGCCCCAGUGGUCCAAAGCUUUUCGCCCGCAAGUGAACUCAAGGACAAUACAAUUUGCGCUGAACCACCCCAGGUUAAGAUCGCAGAUCAAGCGGGCCAAGCGGGUCACCAAACGGUUGAAGAGUUCAUGAAGAAGACCCUUAAAAUCGACGUGGAAGAACUUGCGACAAUUGAGGAAGGCGGGAAACGUUCAAAAGCAGGUAUUUUCUAUUUGCACUUUCCCUCGGGCAAUGAAGAAGUACAAAUGGAACUGCAACUUCUGAAGGCACACCUCCUGGAGUACCAUGAGAAGAUUGUUUUAACAAGCGACAACCCUGGAGAUUGGGCAAAAUUUGUGCAGAACAGCAGACAGGGCGUGGCCAUAUUUCACGAAUCAUUCGUCGGAUACGAUACGUUGCAGCCUCCGCUCAAUUCUGUGCUUCCCACCCAUUCGUUCAACUAUUGGAUUGUUCGCAUUCGCAGACCACUCGAAUCAGUUGAUCCCUGUUAUUUUUCACCUUGUGACCACCAUCUACGAAUCUUUCCAUAUGGUGGUGUCAUACUUCUCACCGAAGACGUAUUGACAGACCUAAAAGGGGUGGCCGUCACUCUCCAAUGGAUUCGGAAUGCAAACAGGAACAAACGCAAAUCUUGGACGUUGAUGUUCCCUCCCCGGAUACUUGAAUGGAUUGAAAGGAGACACGAUGAUGAAAAUCACUCGCAAGACCAUGGACUCCUGCUGCUUAUCCGCACGUUGAUCAUCAAGAAUAACGUUAUGGACCCUCGCACGGCCUUAUUCGAUGAAGCCAGUCUACAGCCUAACUCACGAAGCAACGUCAUCGCACCUUCUCUUAAUGAGUACGGUUCUCGUACAGAGGACCAUAACCUCAAAAUCAAGGACAAAGUCGAACGCGACGCAGAUCAUCUCAUCGAAUUCUUCGCAGGGUGGUCACUGAUUAACAUACCACGUUUCCGGAACUUCGUCGCUGUCACGUCUUUCAAUGCCCCCGCUACAGCACGAUGGGAUACAUGGGGCCAUAUGACUGUCAUGCGAGGUGGCUUCGGCCAUUUCUUCAAACGGUUCAAAGUGGACUCCGUGGGCCUAAUGGCGUACCUGUCAGGGUCAGGUGGUUCUAAGCCACGGCGUUCUACUGGCCAAGUAGCUACCCCGUCCAGCGUGAUCACACCUCAGACGCCCAAUUUGGCAUCUCACAACUCUAACGCCUCUAUUCCAGCUACCUUCACAGGAAGCCCGAAUGGGAAUGGCACAAACAAGUACCCUGCUCCCUACAAAUGA